AUGUUUUCUUCAGUUUUCGUUUUUAACUCUCAAUUGUUAGCAUCUUCUCCUCCUCUUCCAUCACCACCACCUCCUACUUUUCAGUUUCCACUUUCUUCUGACCAUUAUUCUAUUCAAAAUUUACAAUUUUCAAUUGAAAACGUUACUGCCAGUUCUUCUGAAAAGCAAAGUGAAACAAGUAGUAUUUCUAUAUUCUCUGACGAUCAACAAUUUCCAAAAGAAGACAGUAAAUCCCCUAUUUGGCGUCGCAAUUUGUUUUUAGUUGCAGACGAAGACGGUGCUGAUAUUUGCGAGUGGCGGUUUAAUAUUAAAGAAGAAGCUUUACAAAAAAAUAAAAAGAUGGAACAAGGAGAAGGAGGAGGGGGGCAACAGCCUUGGAGAGGAAUUGAAACACCUACUGGGCAACCAACAAAAUCUUGCCUUAAACAAACACCUCAAACAUCUUCUAGUCCAAAACAACAAAUAGGGAAUAGUAGUUACUCUCUGCAUCAUGUCGGCACUGAACCUGAUGGAGAAAGUUGGGAAGAUAGAGGAGAAAUUAGUUUUGAUUUAGAUAAACAACGUUUAGCUUUAAUUCAACAAAUGCAGAAAAAUUUAGAGAUACAUAGAAAACAUCAAAGUCCUCGACGUUAUCCAACUGUACCUUUUGAUGGACCUUUUUUUCGAUUGGAGGAAGUUGGGAAUAAUGUUCCAGGGACUUCAACUAGUGGAGGGAAAAUACCUGCUCCACCACCACCUCCCCCUCAAGGAUGGACUCCACGUCAGUCUUCAUCACAAAUAUAUGAACAACAAUCUCCUUUCAAUAAUCCUGAGGAAGAAGAGUUUGAUGAAGCAAGUGGAGGAAGAGUUGUUUAUUGGCCAGCACCUGACCCAAAGAGCCGCCUUCCAAAGCAAGCACCUCCACCACCAAAAAAUUUAAGAGAUCCUGAACGAUUAGAAGAAUUUCUUAGACAAGAACAAAUGCAGAAAGAAGCAGAAGCUCUUCGGAUGCAACGAGAAGCUGAAUUAAGGGAUAGGCAGUUCCGUGCAUUACAACUUCAACAACAACAACAAAAUCAUAUUAGAGUUCCCUCUACUUCUACUUCAAACUAUUUUCCUUCUCCUCCUUCACAUCCUCUACCUGAUUAUGAUGAUUAUCAACAACAUCAACAAACUCAAAAAAAUGUUCGAGUAUUUGAAACACGUCCAAUAUCUGCAGAAGAAUCUUCAACUUCUCCAGAAUUUGCAACAAAUGGGCAAUCAAAUAGAGGAACUUGGAGGAGGACAUUUACUUUAGAUUCGAGACUUUCACGUGGAUUAACUAUUGAUGAACGAAAUGAAAUUCUAACAAGCGACGAAAGAUUAAUUAGAGAAAGAUUCAAUAUUGACUUAUUGAAGAGAAGAGAAUCUUUCAUCGAAAAACCAGAACAUCCACCAGAAAUUCAAAGGCUCGGUAGACGUUGGCAACCCCCAUUAGAACAACCAUUUAAGUGGCCAACUUCUUCCACUUCAACACAACAACCACUUUCUGUUCAAACUGGAGGAGAUGCUGAGGAGUAUCGUUGGGCACCUUUAAUUAGAGAACCUGCUUUUAAGAAAGAAACUAAACGUUUUACACCAGAACCUGAAUCCCCACCAAUAAGAGGACAUGGUUAG